AUGGCUUCACGCUCCCGUCUUCGUCUACUCUCGGCCUUGCGCACCCCUGCGUCUACACGCCGCUUUGCGACCGAGUCGCGGUUAGACUCGGACCAUGUUCGCAUCGUGGAAGUUGGUCCUCGAGAUGGCUUGCAGAACGAGAAGAAGUCCAUAUCAAUGGAGACUAAAUUGGAGUUGAUCCGGAGACUGGCCAAGACUGGCGUCCGAACCAUCGAAGCGGGCUCGUUUGUCCCUGCGAAAUGGGUGCCACAGAUGGCCAGUACGGCUGAGAUUUGUGAACACCUCCUCACAUCACCUCCUCCUUCUGAACACACCAUCGCGUACAACUACCUUGUACCCAACAUCAAGGGGCUAGAGAGUCUGGUCAAGAUCAUGGAUGCAACUGGUGUGCCUGCCGACUCACCCGCCACAGAGUCAAAACCUGCCACGACUACAGAGAUUUCUCUCUUUGCCGCCGCCACCGAAGCUUUCUCAAAGGCAAAUACCAACUGUACCAUUGCCGAAUCUCUCGAGCGCAUCAAGCCGAUUGCUGAACUGGCCAAGACGAGGAAUAUUCGAGUUCGUGGAUAUGUCUCGGUGGCCCUGGGAUGUCCCUAUGAAGGCCCCGAUGUCGAUCCCACCAAAGUUGCGGACAUCACUGCCACUCUCCUGGAGAUGGGGGCCGACGAAGUCUCCGUGGCCGACACAACCGGUAUGGGAACGGCACCCCGAACUGUGGAACUUCUGCAAGCCCUGAAGGCUGCAGGUAUUGCCAACUCAGACUUGGCCUUGCAUUUCCAUGAUACGUACGGACAAGCCCUUCUGAACACUUUCGCGGGUUUGGAGCAUGGAGUGCGGACCUUCGAUUCUUCUUGUGCGGGACUGGGAUCAUGCCCGUUUUCCCCUAACGCCACUGGGAAUGUUUCGACAGAAGAUCUUGUUCACACCUUCAAUAGUCUUGGUCUUCAUUCCGGCGUCGAUCUAGCGGAGAUGUCGCGGGUUGGGGCCUGGAUCAGCGACAAGUUGGGACGAGCAAAUGACAGCCGAGCCGGAAAGGCAACUCUCGCCCGACUAUAA